UUUACGAAUUGAUAGGUGGUCGCGUUUUGUUUGGCCGAGUGGAUCUGCGCAAGAGAGCCCAGGAGCUUUGCGUUUCCUUCUCUUAAAGGAUUAGUACUAGCUAUGGCCACCAAAAGACUGCGGAAGAACCGCUGCUCUGGCGACACACAGCUGGUGUCUUGGAUAAGUGCGCAUAAAAGUUCCACAGGGCACUGACCUCUCCAUUUAGCACGGCUGGAAACUCCCUCAACUAUCUUUCGGACUCUCAGAAUCUCCUUCAAUUGAGUUUGGUAAAUGAUACUUUAUUCUUUUCAUAUACGUGGUGGGACUGCAAGGCGUUGAUUACAGAUCUCCAUUACAACUAUUGUACCGUUACUUUCCUCGUUCGUUGUGACUAAGAUCAAGGAAACAGCGGAGAUGACAACCGAAACCGCUCAGCAGCAGCUGGACCCACCGCCUCUGCGAACUAGCCCAGCGUCCGAUGCCAUGCAUUCCGCGCUGCAGAGCGCACAGACGGUUUUAGAUGCCGCAGGAUCAUCGGCCACCACCAAGGGCAAGAAAGCAAACUCAGGCAUGAGACGCCCCGAGAAACCGCCUUAUUCUUACAUCGCCCUAAUUGUAAUGGCGAUCCAGAGUUCCCCUACUAAGAGGUUGACACUCAGCGAGAUAUACCAAUUCCUCCAGGCCCGAUUUCCAUUCUUUAGGGGAUCGUAUCAGGGCUGGAAAAAUUCAGUUAGACACAAUCUCUCUCUCAACGAAUGCUUCAUUAAAUUGCCCAAGGGCCUUGGGAGACCUGGUAAAGGACAUUACUGGACAAUAGAUCCUGGCAGCGAGUUUAUGUUCGAGGAGGGGUCUUUUCGCCGCAGACCCCGAGGAUUCCGUAGGAAAUGCCAAGCCCUUAAACCAAUGUACCGGAUGAUGAACGGCAUCGGCUUCGGUACAUCGAUGCUGCCUCAAAACUUUGAUUUCCAGUCACCGUCUGCAUCAUUGGCUUGUCACGCCAAUGGUUACAACUUGGACAUGAUGACUAACGGUGUGCCUGGUGUGCCCGCGGGAUACGACGGGCUAAGCGCGGGCCACCAUGUGCCUCAUAUGUCGCCAAGCCCUGGAUCCACUUACAUGGCAGCUUGUCAAGUGACGUCUAACGGUGACUAUGGUCCCGAUAGCAGCAGCAGUCCCCUACAUUCGCCCCCUGCGAUGACCAGCUCCCUGGAGUGUCACUCGCCCUAUGCAGCUUCGGCGCAUUGGGCCUCCUCCAGUGUGUCUCCCUACAUCAAGCAGCAACCACUUGCCUCUAGCAGUCCGACCUCCUCCGGUUUACACUCGAGUAUGUCACCGUACUCCAUCGAGCAGAGCUACCUUCACCACAACGGCAGGGACUCCACGGAUAUUUCAGUGGGAAUACCGCGAUAUCAAAGUCAUUCUUCGCCAGUGUGUGACAGGAAAGAUUUUGUGUUGAACUUUAAUGGGAUCACAUCCUUUCAUCCCACCGCCAGUGGAUCGUACUACCAUCAAUUACACCAUCAUCAUCAAGGUGUGUGCCAAGAUGUCAAGCCAUGUGUAAUGUAAACGCCAAUAAGUCGCCAGAUACGCCAAGAAUCAUGUAGGCCAUAGGACACUGGAUUCCAUAUUGCGCUGACAAUGCCGAGCAGUAUUGUAAGAAACAGAGCCAACACACUCUGUGACACCUUGGAAUAUUCAAUCAUUCAGUUUAGAAAAUGGUUUUGUAACACCAGUUUUCUAGAAAAACAAAAUCACAAAGAUAAUACACUAGGCUAUUGCUUCUGCUAUGAAAAUAUCGGAGUUUGCCUCAUACACGCACAAGCAACAAAAGAAAAAAAGAGUGACUUGUGCACAAUGAAUUCACGCCGCCAAAGCCUGUAAAACAUGGCUGUUAUUAUGCAACAGCAUGUUUUAAAGUCAAAUGAAGAGGAUGGCAAGUACCAUCAUUUCAGUUGUAUGUUAAGUUUUAUUUCCAUUUCUAUAACAAAAUACACAACAUUUUAAUGAAUUAAUAACUGCACUUAUGUUACAUUUCAGUUUUUCCAGAAUGGAGUCAUGUACAGUAUAUCAAUAAAAUAUGUAUUCGAAAGUAA